AUCCUCCACUUGUUUUGUAUGCAUAAGACACAAGACUUUAUUAUAUAUCGCUUCAUCUUUAAGGGGUUCAAUAGCAAAACCUACUUUGCCAUUUUUUUCUGUUAAGAAAAUCAAUUGACAAAAAGAGAUCAAUCUUAGAAAAAAAUGCAACUAGAGCUUGUUUUCAUACCAUCACCUGGUGACGGCCACAUCAAACCACUAGUGGAAGUUGCUAAGCUUCUUGUCGAGCGUGAUGACCGUGUCUCCGUCACCAUCCUUAUCAUCCCUCAAAUGGUUGGAUUCAGUACCGGAAGCUCUAGCUCCUACAUCGCUUCUCUCUCCACCGCAUCUGAAGACCGCCUCCACUACAACGUUCUCUCCGUCGCCGAUGAACCAAACUCCGAUGGCCCUAAACCCAAUUUCCUCGCUUUCAUCGAUAGCUUCAAGCCACAGGUGAAGGCCGCCGUUGAGAAACUCAUCACUGACCCAGCACAACCCGAGUCGUCACCGCCGUCACGGCUUGCUGGUUUCGUGGUGGACAUGUUCUGCACGGAGAUGAUUGAUGUGGCCAACGAGUUUAACGUACCGAGUUACCUGUUUUACACCUCAAACGCCACGUUUCUAGGGACACAAUUCCACGCUCAGUAUCUUUAUGACGUUGAGAAAUAUGACGUCAGCGACUUGAAGGAUUCGGACAUAACCGAGUUGGAGGUUCCGUGUUUGUCUCGUCCUUUACCGGUUAAGUGUUUCCCAUCUGUGAUGUUAAACAAGUACUGGUUACCGAUUGUGUUUGGCCAAGUGAGAAGAUUCAGAGAAACCAAGGGUAUUUUGGUAAAUACCUUUGCUGAGCUGGAGCCUCAUGCUAUGAAGUUUUUCUCCGGCGGAGAUAAUAAUCUUCCCACGGUGUAUCCCGUUGGACCGGUUUUGAAUCUCAAAACCAAAGGUCCGGAUUCAACCGACGACAAGCAGACAGAGAUCCUAAGCUGGUUGGACGAGCAGCCUCGUGAGUCUGUUGUGUUCCUCUGUUUUGGGAGCAUGGGAGGGUUCCGUGAGGACCAAGCAAAGGAAAUAGCUAUAGCCCUUGAGCGAAGUGGUCAUCGUUUCCUUUGGUCUCUUCGCCGUGCCCUGCCUAAGGGAACGAUGGGACAUCCCGGAGACUUUACAAACCUUGAAGAGAUCCUCCCGGAGGGGUUCUUAGACCGGACGGCGAAGAUAGGGAAGAUUAUCGGUUGGGCUCCACAGAACGCCAUACUAGAAAACCCUGCGGUCAGAGGAUUUGUGUCGCACUGUGGAUGGAACUCAACACUUGAGAGUCUCUGGUUCGGUGUUCCAAUGGCCACGUGGCCUCUUUAUGCUGAGCAACAGAUUAAUGCAUUUGAGUUGGUGGAGGAGCUAGGGCUAGCGGUGGAGAUCCGGAACUCUUUCCGGGCCGAUAUUAUGGCGGAGGAGUCGGAGUUAAUGACGGCGGAGGAGAUAGAGAGGGGGAUCCGGUGUUUGAUGGAGCAGGAUAACGUGAGGGAUAGAGUGAAGGAGAUCAGUGAAAAGAGCCACGUGGCGUUAAUGGAAGGUGGGUCUUCUCACGCUGCUCUUCUAAAGUUCAUUGAAGACGUCACUACGAAUAUCUCUUGAAUGUUCGCCAAGUGUUAAGAGAAUCUUUCAUGACUCUAUCUAUGGCUAUCAUUUGUUUACCCAUUUCGUUGGUUAAGAUCUUAUGUGACGUUUGACCAAAAAAAAAAA